GCGCUUUUUGGAAUGGGAUGUUUCUGGAAACCCCAAGAAGCAUUUCUGGCUACACCCGGAGUCUUACAGGCUACGGCUGGGUACGCCAACGCGACACAGUCCACAUCGGUCGACCAACCGUCCUACUUGACCGUCUGUAACGGCGACGGUCAUACCGAAGCCGUCCUGGUCAAGUACGACCCCAAUGUUGUGGCGUACUGCCAACUGCUGCGGGUUUUUUGGCAAAAUCACGACGCUUCGCAGAUUUCC